AUGGCAUCAGCUGAUCCUGCAACUUGUGUUACAAAAGUCGAGUUGUAUAUCUCGUGUCAAGGUCUAAAAAAUAAAGAUGUCAUGUCCAAGUCAGAUCCAUUGGCUGUCUUCUAUCACCAUGAUGGCAAAAAAUGGUGGGAGUAUCAACGGACAGAAAGGAUAAAGAAUAGUCUAUGCCCUGAAUUUACCACUCCAAUCGUGAUGGACUAUUACUUCGAAUUAGUUCAAAAAGUAAAAAUUGCCGUCUACGAUAUUGACAACUCCACUUCCACACUCGAUGACGACGAUUUCUUGGGUGAAAUGGAAACUACGCUCGGACAAAUCGUGUCUAGUGGUACCUAUAAGACUACUCUCAAAUUGCGCUCUAAAAAGUCACAUGGAACGAUCACGAUUAGAGCCGAAGAAAUUUCAGAUUCAAACAACGAUUUAGUUUCUUUGCAAUUUAAAGGAGAAAAACUAGACAAAAAGGAUGUAUUUGGCAAAUCAGAUCCUUAUCUUGAAAUACAUAAGAUGUCGUCAGAUGGAUCUUUCAUGAAAAUUCAUAAAACAGAGGUUAUCAUAAAAAAUACUUUGAAUCCAGUAUGGAAAACUUUUCGUAUUCCGGUGAGAGCCUUGUGUAAUGGCGAUUACGAUAAAAGUAUAAAGAUCUACUGUUAUGACUACGAUAGUGAUGGUAGUCAUGACCUUAUUGGGACAUUUACAACUACCCUCAAAGAAAUGGUCCGCGCUGAUCGAAAUCCUGUUAGCUAUGAAUGCAUUAAUCCUAAGAAACAAGCGAAAAAAAAAUCUUAUAAAAACUCUGGACAUAUUAUUUUACAAAAAUCUAUAGUAGUAAAGCAGUAUUCAUUCCUGGAUUAUAUCAUGGGAGGAUGCCAAAUUAAUUUUACGAUCGGUGUUGAUUUUACUGCGUCUAAUGGUUCUCCAAAAAACCUUAAUUCCCUGCAUUAUCUUGGACCUAAUGGAAGAAAUCAGUAUUUAGAUGCUUUAAUAGCAGUUGGCAACGUGUGUCAAGAUUAUGAUACAGAUAAGCUAUUUCCUGCGUUUGGAUUUGGCGCAAAGAUUCCCCCAAACUAUCAGUGUUCACAUAUAUUCCCGCUAAAUUUUAACCCAUCUAACCCUUACGCUGCAGGAAUCACUGGUGUUGUUGAAGCAUAUCAAGCCUGCCUGCCAAAUAUUCAAUUUUAUGGUCCAACAAAUAUUGCACCAAUAAUACAACAUGUUGCAAGCUUUGCUAGUAACGCGAUGAAUGAUGGUACAGCUUCGAAUUAUUUUGUAUUACUGCUGUUGACCGAUGGAGUCAUAACUGAUAUGGAAGAGACUAAAAAGGCGAUUGUUCAAGCUUCCAAGCUGCCUCUCUCGAUAAUUAUAGUAGGAGUAGGUGGUGCUGACUUUUCUGCUAUGGAAGAAUUAGACGGCGAUGAUGGAGUACUACGAUGUAGUAUCGGCCCCGCCGUAAGAGAUAUUGUCCAAUUUGUUCCAUUUAGACAGUUUAUUCAGGCCUCUCCGCAAAUCUUAGCUCAACAUGUACUAGCUGAAGUCCCAAAACAGCUAACUCAGCAUUACUCACGACAUGAUAUUGAACCCCUACAACAUCGUUAA